AUGGUUCAUAAUGCAAUUAUAAGAAUAUUUUCAUGCAUUAAUACGGUCUUUGUAAAUCAACUAUGCACUUGGCUGCUUUAUGGAGAAUUGAGAGAUCCUUAUGAGGAGUUUUUUAUUUAUAGAAGCAAAAAGGAUGAAUUUUCAGACACAUUGCAUUCGUCGCCAUCUACAACAACCACAUGUGAUAAAUCUCUUGUUACUACAUUACAACAAACGUCACUAGACUGUGGCUACAACAUUAAUCCGAGCAUGAUACCUUAUUUCAUGCCCCUGUCACUGGCGCAGGAAAUACUGUUCAUUGGCAAAACUGUUAUACUCUUUGGUUUCGAUCCUAGGAGGGUAAAGAGGACCAAUAUGCAGUUAAACCGACCACUGCUGCCAUUACAAAGACUUGAUAAUGAUACCAGAAGAUUCACAAUUUGGGAGGAGAAGGAAGCAGAGUUUCACGAAAAGCUGCAAAAACUAAAGGAUCCCGAGGUUUUCGAAGUGUGCAACCUUCGGUGUGUUGUGAGGGAGAUAAAAGAAUGCGUCACGAAGCAUUUGUGGACGGUGGCCGUGGAGGAAGCUGAACUGCUGCACGAACUGCGUCUCAUGAAAGAUUUCUACCUAUUGGGACGCGGUGAACUGUUCCUGGAAUUGCUACGUCUUACUGCACACAUGUUAGACAAACCCACCACUAGAACAUCGACCAGGGAUAUGAACCACGCGUUCCAGUUGGCUGCGCGAGCCGUAUUCCUGAGCAACAGCGCCGAUAUAGAGAAGUUCAGUUUUGAACUGCCCUACGUGAAGCCCAACGUAUCCGCUAACUCCAGCCUCGACGAUGACAGCAGCACCGUUGCCGACGGCUGGUCCUCAAUAAUUCUGAAGUACGAUUUCAAAUGGCCUCUGCAUCUGCUGUUCGCGCCAGAAGUGCUGGCGCGGUACAACGAUAUGUUCCGUCUAUUACUGCGCAUCAAGAAGACCCAACACGACUUGCACGCACUAUGGAAGACGUACAAACAGUCCAGACGGUUUGCCAUGUGUCAGUUGCACAACAAGCUCAUGUUCCUUAUGGACAAUCUGCAACAUUACCUGCAAGCGGACGUCUUAGAGACCAACUUCUCUCGGCUUAUGGAAGCGGUGAAUAAGACAAAUGACUUCGAAAAACUGAAGAAGGCGCACGCUACGUUCCUAGCGGACAUCCUCAGUCAGUCGUUCUUGACUGUUACACUGCCAUCAGAACACGAGUCUGCGGGUGAUGCUGUAGAUUCGAUUAACAAUCCAGUAUUUGUUAACAUCACGGAACUGUUAAAGUUAUGCGAUUCCUUCUGCAGUAUGAGCGAAUUCGCGUCGGACAGAGAUGCGGAAGACUAUUACAUAAAGGGCUACUCUGAUCGGUUCAACAAGCUGGUGAAGCAGCUGACGCAGUUGCUGGUGUCGCUGAGGGGGCGCGCGUGCGGGGCGUUCCUCGCUAGGCUGCUGAUGCGCCUAGAUUACAACCGCUGGCUCAGCGCUGAAGCGGAGCUCACACGAUCACUCACGCACAUGCUGCGGUGC